CCAGCCCUCCUCUCCCUACCACUCCUUGCUCAGCAAGUAGCCCAGUGCAAGGGGUGACUGGGCACGAGUCGGGGCUCAGGGACAUCGCAGAAGAGGGUGUUUCACUUCAGAUGGGCGCGGAGCCACGGAUAUAUAAACCCCGGAGCAGCGGCCUGCGAGGAUUGUUACUUGGCAGCACGACGAGGUGCUGCCACUGUCCCGGCAGCUCAGCCCCAGCGUACAGGAGCAGCACUGGAGCCACCUGGCCAUGGGCUCUCGCCUGCUGAUGAUGCUGAUGCUGCUUCAGGCAGUUUGGAAAGGUGCUCUGGGAAAAUCCCACUCACUGCACACCCGAGGAAUCAUCGAUUUGGCUGGAGCUAUAUUGUGUGGCACAGGACGGUCUCCCUUGGCAUAUAUUGGCUAUGGAUGUUACUGUGGACUGGGGGGACGUGGCUGGCCUAAAGAUAAAACUGACUGGUGUUGCCACAUGCAUGACUGCUGCUAUGACAAGGCAGAGAAGGAAGGCUGCAGCCCCAAGACACAGCGGUACCAGUGGGCAUGUGAGAAGAACACCGUGCAGUGCAGUAAGGAAAUACUUGCUCGUGAUAACCUGACAGACCGAUGUGAAAAAAUGGUGUGCCUGUGUGACCAAGAAGCAGCUAAGUGCUGGGGAGCAGCUCCGUACAACCCACACUUGAUCCUCUGGCCAGACUUUUUGUGUGGACAGACUCACCCCACCUGCCAUUUCAGAUAUGGGGGGCCAGAAUAGUCUUUGUAGAACCUUUCUUCUAAUCCUUUGAAUCUGAAAGU